AUGAUCAAGUUCAAAAAAGAUCCAGUAAGUUUGAACCUACUGAGAGAUUUUUGCCUGGAUGUAUGGGAGAGUCAGGAUACACAGCACAUGGGAUCGAUUUCGAGGUCCGUCUUUGUUUCUUCGACCCUACGCUCACCUGAUCAAUCCGGCGCUUGGCCUUUCUCACCAAAAUCAACUAUGGAAUCUGCAGUAAAAAGAGUUCCUGUCGAAAUCUGGAGAAAGAUUUUGUACCAGGCUACGAUGUCUCCCUUCCUGCCAUUUACAGAGGAAGGAAAACUUUCGUCAGACUUGAUGAAGAGCGUAGAUCUCUUCUCUAUGCAAUGCCAGGAUCUUCGUCCAGCGAACUCGCAGUUACGGACCUCAAAUCUUACUAUUUCCCUUCCAAGAAAGCUAUGGAUAAGGCCAAAAGA